GACAGUGGUUGCAUAGGACCGAAGAAAAGAUACGUAUCCUGUAACAUUGAGCCGUGUCCUGGAGAUACCAACUUCAGGGCGGAACAGUGCGCAAAGUUCAACGAUAAGCCCCUUGAAGGAAACAAGUCACUAACUCGCCGAGCUUCGUGGAAGCCUCACCUCUGUAGUACGGUUUACCGUUUUGUAGCGCCUAACAAAUGCGAACUGUCUUGCAUCCCUGAGGGAGAAAACUUCUACUACAAAUGGGCGGACAAGGUCAUAGAUGGAACCAAGUGCGACGCACUUUCGAACGAUAUUUGUGUUGAGGGCUACUGUCUGCCCCUCGGCUGCAACAAUAUGCUUGGCUCAUCAGCGAAGGAGGAUAAAUGUCGGGUGUGCGAUGGUGACGGCUCGACCUGCAAGACGCUGGAAGGCUUCUUCGACGAAAGCCAGCUUGAGCCGGGCUACCAUGACAUAAUCACUUUUCCUCCGGGUGCAACGUCGAUUUUGGUCAAGGAGCGAAAGCCAACGAACAACUAUUUAGGCACGGGACUUUCAUUAAGAAACGAAAGUGGUCAGUACUUUCUAAACGGAAACUGGAAGAUCGACUUUCCACAAAGCGUCGAUAUCGCCGGCACCACGUUCGAAUACGAAAGAAUAAAAAAUGGUAGAGUCGCUUUCGAAAGCCUUUACGCUAAAGGUCCAAUCAAAGAACCGGUCACCGUUGUGGUAAGGGUUAUUUUAAGGUAGUC